AUGAUGGCUUUGCGCAAAGACAAAAAUGAGGAGGAUGAGGGUAUCGUUUACCUUUAAAUUCUUUCCAUUAUCGUUGCUGAACAAUUUCUACUAUCGAUCUCAUUCGUGUCCCUUUUACCUGGCUAUGUAAUUCUACUACAUAUAUGUAGUCCCACUGAACAAUUGCUCCUGUAACGUAUGUAGUAGGAAUGUGUAAUCCCGACUAAAUCAAACUCGAACUUGUUAGAGUAUAAUUUAUUCAAAAUUUUUACGCUUUAAUAAGUUGGUCUCAUAAGUCUUUCCUUUUUCAAGUUUACUCCCGUGACAGCAUUCUACUCGCCCAGGGCUAGCCCGGUCACGGGCUAGUAUUGCGAUUGACUAGAUUUUUUGAGCAAUUCUAGCAGACAUUAUCCACACGGGGACAGUAGGUUGACGCGCCUUCUCGAGCGAGUUGAGGGCGUUGUAACCCGAGGCGUUUUAAGUCACCAGACAGGGGCCUAAAUUCCGGACAUAGUGCGUGCGUACGCUCAAAGGGACCCCCAGCGUGACGUUAAAAAUGCACUCUGGUGAGCAUAAAGGAGGGGGUGUAGCAGAAGAGCUCCUUCCCCCGCACAGAUCGAGCAGUGUCAGCCAGUCAAGUUACUAGCCCACAAGUCAAACGGGCUAGCAAAUGUCUAGCCCUGGGCAACUAAAUGCUAUUAGUGUCUUAUUCACAGCACAGCAUAUGCUGCAGAAUCAUAUUAUAUUUGUUUUUCCUUAUAAUAUUUAAUGCAAACAAAGUCAUCCUUGCUGGAUUUUUUGCUAUUUGGCCCCUCAUAUUGGUCAGUGGUUGACCUCCACUGUAUUCUUUAGUUGCCGUUUACGGGCUCCAGAGAGAGAGAGAGACUCGUUUCCUCGUCUAUUAUCCAUUUACUACUUAAGCGUCACGUCUUGUGUUUUAUUUAUCCACAGGUGCUGGGUCUAUGUACAUGAACUUGGAUAAAGCAGCUGUGCUUCAAGAUGUAUGUCUAUUCUUCUUGACGGAAUCGUUGCUUUCCUAUAGGCUCGAUUAUUCAAUGCGAACCAACCCACUCCCCGCAAAUGUAUCCAAAUUCUUACAAAAAUCUUGGUCCUUUUCACGCGGGUAUGUGGUAUUAUCUUUAUUAAAUGGGACGUGUUCUUGUAGGGUGUGAAACUAAACCGUCAGGAGGCGACAAACACCUUCUUUGCGAUUACGAAACUUUACCAGUCGCCGAAUGUGAGUGGUAGACGCAUGUCCUGAUUGAACCUGUUGCCCUUUUAGCAAAGUCUCAGGAAACUCUUGUAUCUCGUCAUCAAAGAACUCUCCCCAUUCGCGGAUGAUGUUAUUAUUUUAACAAGCAGGUAACUGUCGACUUAGAUUCCCUUUUAUCUUUCGUGUCGUAUGUCAGUCUCACCAAGGAUAUGACGGGAUCUGAGGCGGCUUUCCGGGCUCCGGCAAUCCGAACUUUGUGCAAAAUAACUGACGUACGUCUAACCAGAAGCAUAGCCGUCUUCCUUUACUUUCUCUUAUUCUACAAUGAAAUUGUUUUCUGUUGUUAUGCACAGUCUAACCUAAGAAGAAUUUAUGGCGAGUUGUAGUGUAGCAAGUGUAUGGCCAGGCAACUUGAACACAUGUAAUCGGUCGUAUUCCAAGAGAAGUUUUUUGACUUCACGUCUGUUACACAGGGAUAAGUGCAUCAGGUUUUCAGGUCUACUGUCUGUACUGCCUGCUUAUCAAGGACUGAACGAGUCGUAUUUGCGGUCAUUGUUAUUUUCGUGAGUUCCCGACACAUCGCAGUUACAUGCCAUUUUUACGAUGUCUUGAGCAGACUUUUAUUGUUAAAUUAGUAAACUCUACUUAAAUUGCAUGAAUUUAUCAUUUAUGCCUGCAUUAACUGGUCAAUUACUCUUUGUUUACAGCCUACCAUGAUACAGGCUAUUGAGCGUUACCUAAAACAAGCUGUUGUAGACAAGUCACCACCGAUAGCUUCUGCUGUACUCGCAUCUGCUUACCAUUUGAUGCGAGUAUGUCCUGAUGUUAUUCGUCGAUGGUCCAAUGAAGUUCAAGAAGCUGUAACCGGGCAUCGGAACAUGGUCCAGUACCACGCUUUGGGGCUUCUCUACCAAAUUCGUCGAAACGACCGACUUGCCGUUCAAAAGCUUAUUCAAAAAUCCUUACAGUCACCUCGGCGGUCCAGUUACGCCAACUGUUUGAUGGUUUGUCACUUCAUCAUACCGUUCUUACUACUUAUACUAUCUAGAUCCGGAUUGUUGCUCGUCAAAUCGAGGAGGAGGGUGUUCAGUAAGUUCUGUUUACAGUAUCCAAUGUGGUUGACUGUGUCUGUUUGUACUUAUAAUGGCACGCAUCCUCACUUUUUCCCCCAGCUUCACGUUGGAAGUUAGCUGCGUCAUGAGUGACCACUUGUCAUAACAGUUGAUCACUGAUAAGCUCGAGGGAAGUUAGGGUUUUGGGACGGUGGCUUUUCAACGUAUAAUUCGUGUGAUCAGAUAUGCACAGUUUUCCUCAAUUCCAGCCACGCCUUUAGUUAAUCCCUUGACGUCCUUGUCAUCCGGAGCUGGGCCUAGGGGAGACGAUACAACAGACUAUUUCACUCCUGGUUCACCUACCUAAAAGCCUAAGCUAAUUCAGUCAGAAAGCAAAAAGGCUCAGCUGGUCAGUAGUUUUUAUGGCCGACUUUAUAGUUACUCAUUGAAGUCCCAAUCACAAGCUGAAUUUUAAAAAUGGAACGGAAGCACCGUCAAUCGGAUAGUUCAGGGCGACAAAUUUCUCUCUAAGACACGGGCCAUGUCUCACAUCACUGGUAGAUUUUCUCGACAGGGGCCUCGCAUAUUCCCACCAUGAUCUUAUUAAAAAUAGCACAUGUAUCAUAAUUUUCAACAACGUUGGCCGAACGCCGCCUGUAUCUGCUUGGUCGCGUGUUUGCUUUAGUUUCAGUCUUGCUCAUUUGACAGAAAGUUAUGCCCAAGGUAGCAACAGCCGUGCGCUCUCCCAGCAGCCUCCUGUCCAGCAUCACCGACUAGCAUUCCUGAGCACGAACCCUGGAUGAUCAUCUCCCUUUUGGAGUUCACUUCCAAGGCCAUUUCGAUUGUCUUACCCGUCUAGAACGCAAUAUGAUAUAUUUGUGCAGUAGAGUCCCUGUACACCGAAAUCUCGUCAGCGUAGUCAGCAUACUGCUUAGGCGACCUGUGGCCUACAUUAAAGCUGAAGUGUCCUGCGAUCUAUUCCGAUGCACUCAAUUCAUCUCGUAGUUAUGCCAUUAUGCUGGAAGGACACACCACCAACUAACAUCGCUAAUCAGUCCGUCUUUUCUCUUCUUGGCUGGUGGAUUUUGAUAAUUUUACCGGCUUCAACAGAAUACUGUACUCUAUCAUGCUUGACCACAGGGAAUGUCGAUUGGCAGAGGCAAAGCCCACGUAACAGGCGGAAGUUGAUUGCUGUACUAGAGGGUUUCGGCAAAGAGAACGGUGCUGAUGUCCAUGGCCUACCUAUUCUUCAUUCUUGUUUUCACAUCAUGGCGUAGACUGAAAUAAAUGAGAAUAAGUAGGAAAGUUUUAGUGACGAUUUCAAGAAGUUUGGUGCGACAGUAGUUCGCACACUGUGGUCCGUCGUCCGUCCUGAAAACCCACGUAACGAGAGCGCCUUUCCAGUCAGUAGCACGGUCUCUGUUCCCCCCUUCUGACCACCGUGCGUUGGUACCAACUCGGACAGGGGUUUGCAAAUAUGACGUUGUAGCUGGACUUCCCUUUGAGUGGGUGGUGUCUGACCGAGUCACCUGAGACGGCAGUUGUUUACUGCAUCGUCAGUCAGAGGGGUUCCCGAUCGGCGAUACACGGCCGAAAUCGCAAUAUUCUCCUGGAGCACCAGUUGUCGUAUAUGUAGCUCUUUUUCAUGUGGUCAUUGUGCAGAGACAGCCAUAGAAUGGAGUAUCAGUUGAACCUUGUUGUGCCAUCGUAAAUGCCUCCUGAGUCGACCGAACAUGUUUGCAAGUUAUGGGCGACUGUUUAUUAUAUUCUGGCUCUAACCCUCUGGUAGAACGGAGACCGAUAUAGACAAAAUAUUCGGCCGCCUCGAGCCUUUCGCCAUUCAGGAGGAGACAAUUUUUGAGGGAAGCCUCUACGUAGCACCUUUGUUCUUCCAUACUCCACUUUCACAUCGAAUUUGUGUGAUUAAAGGACUAUGCAGUGAUUGAUGACUUGCACAUCCUUGAAAGCGUUUCCAAACAAGCUGAUGCCAUUGAUGGUCAGAAUGCAAAACAAUGUCUUGUCCUGCCUGUACUCCGUCGUAAUGGCCUGUUGUGUGUAGAACCGUCUCCAUUGCGUAGUCCAAGAAGGCAGGCGAGUGAACAUACAACCUUCUUGAAUGCCAUCGUUUAUAUCAUAGCGCGCGCUCGUUCGCGUUUGUUCAUGUGAAUUGAUGGUGCGCCAUGAAGUUCACUAGCCGCAUGGGCAUACCAUCGGUUUAAAUAGCCAUUCAGAGAGCACUUAACUUGGGUGAACUGAUCGCAGCAACGAAAGUAUGGAAACGACCAAUCGUACUAAGUCGAGGGUUAUGUCGCACUCUCAGGCUUCGUCACGGGGAAUGUUUGGUCGACACAGCCUCUGUCAGGAAAAUCACACUCGAUUUUCCAUGUCCAUGUGUUCCUGGCGGAGUAGAACAAGGGACAAAGAUGUUAGCGGCGACGUCGAUUAGACUUAGUCCUCUGUAUUGGCGAUGUUGCGUCUUAUCCCUCUUCUGAAGAAGGAAAGUAGAAUGAAUUUUUCCAGCCCUAUGGGUCAGAUUCAGUGUGUCACUCUUUCCGAAGUAUCUUCUCAUGCUUCAUUGAAAUAAUAUCAGAGGUUCUUUUGUAGACUUCAGCUAGUAGUUCCUUAUCCACGGCUCUCUGGCUUCAAAAACGCUGGAUUAACACGACUUUCGGCAGUAGAUGGUACCGUGCAGUCGCAGCUGUUGGAGGGCUUUGGGAGAUAUCUACACUUUGGCUACUUUUACCCUUGAAUUCACCACAGUCGUGCCAUAUAGAGCUCAUGUUCUCGAAAAUCAGCGCGUAAAAUCCGGGCCAACCCAUUAGGCGAGCAGCCCUUGCCUUGUUGACCACUCGGAGUAUUUCCCUCGUGAUCCGAUUCUUACGACGGCGCCUGGUGCCUCGGAAGUCAGGUGGUUAGAUCGUUAGCCGUAUUUUGGCCUUGCCCUUUCUGUCGUGGGUCCGAAUCCUACCGAGGUCGCCGAGUUUUUCGCCAUUGAGUCUCAUGAACUAUUCAAAUCUGCCAAAAUUACCUAUUAAUAUUUCGUAAAUAUUCCUUUUGGGGACCGUCUCACUACCCGCCACGCGCAAAAGCGUCAUGUAGCCAGCACCUAGAUCUUCAGGCAGGCCCAUCUUCCCUAGGUUCCUCCUCUUGCUAAUCUGCAAUCUCUUGUAAUGGCUUUGGACUCUAACUUUGCAGUUCGUCCCAUACUCUCUUUCCCAUGGUCUGAUUUGUUUACCUUUCAGCGGCUUAAGGUCUAAUUGCUGCCUUUCCUGCAGGCAGUCGUAGAUAAGUUUUUUUUACCAACAUGACUAUAGUGCACUAUAUUGAAUGUUUACCCCAUGUGCUGCGAAUGUUACGAGAACGUCAAGGCCUUUCCCAGCUGUGUCCGAACCUAACACUGUUCUGGGAAAAGCGUUUCUUUGCUAAGAUAACAAGUCUUGCUUUCUUAUUAUUAAACAACAUAGACGGGCUGGGUGAAUUAUGUGUUGAGUCGAAUAAAUUUAUCAACUUACGCACCUUGAAAAGAAGUGAGAUGCUUCACUGACACUGAGGGGCCUCAGGCAACAACUACUGAGCUUUUCGGUCGUUAUCAAUCAGUACUGAAACUUCUGCCCUGACCACCAUUGAGACUCUCAGUCAGCCGUAGAAAGCGCUUCCGUAGUAGAAAAUCGGUGGACGUUAACAUCCAGCGAUCUCUUUACCUUUAAAUAUUGGACAGCAGGCGAAAGAUGUCUAAGAUGUAAAAUUUUCUGAAGACCGAUUGAAGGGGCGUAUACUCAGCGUAUACUCAGGCGUAUACUCUUAGCUUGCUCGUUGUACCGUUAAUCUCUACGGUGCGAUUGAAGCCAGCCACCGAAGCCAGAGCUAUUGCUCUCACCAUACCCCGUUAGGCGCCGGCUGCUGUACAAUUCGAUCCUUUAAGUCGGUCUCAGUGAUGCGUGGCCCUGUUUUAUGCUCCUGAAUUUUUGUGGCUCACCGAUUAGCCUGGCCUGAAGGACGCACAUAGCUCAUGUAGACCACACAGUUGAAAUCAUGGUCAGGAGAACUUCUCGUCUGUCUAAAAUGUAGGCUGGCCUUUUGGCCUUUCCCCUCCGAACGCGGAACAGCGACCCCAAUAGGCGAUGUAACUUCGCGUUACGCGUAAAAGCUGUUUCCGCUCUUCAACAAUUGGCUCUAAUAAACAGUUAACUAAAUUGCCCCAGAUAUGAUGCACACAGCUAUUCCCCCAAGUCAACUAUUAACACUGAUAUGUCUCUUUAGUAAGCUACUUUAUACCGUCACCUCUAGUAGACCGAUAUUUCAUUUUCCCUCUUUUUCGAGUGUAGAGUAGGCACGUGUGAGGUAGACAUGCAUGCAUCCUGUUCCAAGGCGCAUGAAACAAGUACUAGCGGGCGUCAAUCUCAGCCAGACACACGAAGCCGACCGACAGUUCGACAGUCGUGACCGACAAUGUCUGCCGUGUGCUCCACAGCAGGCUGAAAGCAUGCACGAUGACUUGCUCAUGAAUUAGUUUAUAGUGAUAGUAGACUUGCACGGCAUCUACCGCACUCUCUCCUCCUCCCCCACCUGGAUCCGGUGCCAAAACAUAGCCAAGAAGACCGGAGGUCACACUCUAUGGUCCACAAAAAACACUUGACCAGGAUUUUAACCAACAAAAACAGCAACGAUGGGGGGCGGCAGGGAUCCCAGCUGGCGCGACAUGAGCUGGCCUGUCACAGCACCCCGUAUGUUGGCAUUUGUUAUGGGUGCGCAUUCCCGAUAACGCAUGCCAGAAUCCGAUCUAGCCGCUGUGUUUGUUCAGCGCAUCUACUGCGUGGCUCUUUUUUAAGGGGCGACGAGGCCGACCACUAAGCCCAGAGCGACUGGUGCCCGCCAACUCGACACUUUGAAUUCUCCCAGAUCUACCUGCACAUCCUUCUCCUUUUUACGCUUUUCACGAUCACAUAGGAAAAUCGACCGUCCUGUGCGGACACUUUGGUUUCUAGGGAACAGUACUCAAAGAGGCAAAUUAGGGCUCCCCUUUGAAAGUUCGGUGAUGGGCCGCAGAAGCUGGACGGGACGGUCACUUCUUGGGAGUAAAUUAACCGUUUUGAGUUUAGAGAUUUAUAGGACUCCCGUACGUAAGUAGAAACAUAACGAGGCCUUGGCUUUACUGGCGUCCUCGUCCAGUCAUUCUUGUACAUCGCUUUUAUUCUGUGCCGGGACUCGGUACCGUUUGCCUUGAGAGUGCUACUUUCCUGACUUUCAAACGCCUAAAUGGAUCACCAGAGAAAUGCAUGCGAGCGGUCUACUCAAACAAGUUGCCGAGAAAACCGGUAGAACAUUUAAAUUGACCCUGGCAGAGUGCAAUAUCUUUGGAAAACGACUUCAGUGACAACUGAUAACGUUCAGACGUCAUAUCCACCUUUCAUCAGCAUAGAUCGAAACGUUUAAUUAGGGAACGCUUGAUCGUGAGUUGGUCAUGCGCUCAUGGGAUCUGAAUUCUCCCAGCUUUCUUGCCAAUGGACAGCCGUUGUUCAGAUACUCAAGCCCACAGCUUCACUCCUUUUCUAGUAUAUUUGGUUCUGACUGUUAUUACGGAGUUUCUCGUUUAAGUCAGAAUUGUUUUUGCAUAUUCACAGGGAGAACCGCAAUCUGUUGGAGUUCCUGGAGGGUAUGAUGCGAGACAAAUCGGAAAUUGUCAUCUACGAGGCGGCAAGGGCCAUAAUCAGUCUCAACGGGUUGACCUCAAAAGAACUAACCCCUGCAGUAAACGUUCUACAGCUCUUCUGUUGUUCGCACAAGUCUUCUCUGCGCUAUGCGGCCGCCAAGACGCUUAACACAAUUGCAACACGCCAUCCCACAGUCGUUGCUAGUUGUAAUGUUGAUCUAGAAACCAUGAUCUCUGACGCCAACCGAAGUAUCGCCACGCUGGCUAUUACGACAUUACUGAAGGUAGUCUCCCGCCCCCUCCUCUGCCGUAUGCAUGCGCUUAUCUUGAUGAGGAACAUGGCUAGGUUGACUGUGCGCUUUUGUUUUUAGACGGGCAGUGAAAGUAGUGUGGACAAUCUACUGAAGCACAUCUGCUCCUUCAUGGCGGACAUCACAGAUGAGUUCAAGGUUGUGGUGCUGGAGUCCAUCCGUAUGCUUGCUGCCAAAUACCCGCGAAAGUACAAUGUGCUGCUCAAUUUCUUAUCCGGUCGCUUGCGAGACACUGCUGGCUACGAAUUCAAGAAAGCCGUUGUUGCUGCUAUGGAGUCUAUCAUCAAAGACAAUCCAAAUGCCAAAAAUCUCGGUAGACUUCUUUUUCAAAAAAAAAUCAAUGCGGUCUCAGAUUGCCCCCACUAGUAAAGCGUUAAAUAUGACCUAUUGGAAGACCACUGGAAAGCAGUAAAGUUGCAUAACUAGGGAACAUUUGCUGCAAGUCGAUCGCUUUCUUCGAUCCGCAUAGGAACUACUUUACGACAAUAUCUAAUGGUUUGGUUCGUAGGCAUCUUUAUGUCCUUCGCUGAUGCUAAAGUUUUCUCCCGCAAAACACCGAACAAGGAGGAACGAAUUAAAAUGUUGGUUGGGGAUGUUAAGUCUGUGGCCUUUGUGGUGGUGCUAGUGGUGGGGGCCUUUGUCGAUGGGGAGUCGAUUGGGCUGGGGAUGGGAGAGUUGGUGGAUGUGCUAGGUGUGUGAUGAGUUCCGCUGUUGUGUAUACCCAUGUGACCGAAUAGGCCCGCGCGGUGAGCGGAUAUGCGUGGACGGUGUUGACAGUGAAGGCGGAUGCGGAGAGUUAUUGGGGGUUUCUGGCACAGGUACGCCGGUCUCAGUGCGAUGGAUUCGCAUGUGACCGGCUUGCUAUCUUAUAACUCUAUGGGAGACCGAUCACGGUCCGCAAAGCAGUCGUAGCAAGCGCGAUCGGUUCUGCAAUUAGGUAAGACCAAUCCGCGUUGCUUAGUCACUUGUUUCCGUUAUUUUUGCUCAAGCUUUGCCACUUUUAAAAGCCUUUUUUUCGCCGACACCUUAGGUCUACUUCAACUAUGUGAAUUCAUUGAGGACUGCGAGCACGAGAGACUAACACAACGCAUCCUCUACCUCCUCGGACGUGAGGGUCCAUUCCUGAAACGCCCUCGACAAUUCAUUCGCUUCAUCUAUAACCGCAUUCUCCUGGAGUCUGCAGCCGUCAAGUGCACAGCCACUACGGCGCUGGCCAGAUUCGGCGCCCAUUGUGAGGACCUUUUGCCCAGUGUGCUUGUCCUCUUGGAACGGUAGGUGUCUCCCCGUCCGACUUAUAAAUACAAUGCUUGAGAGUUUCGUGCUAUUAAAAAGAGUGAUAUUUGUCACACAGACCUGAUGCACGAGUCGUUGUGGAAUGGGAGGGACCUACUGAGUGUGAUAAGGGGGUAGAGGGGGGGAACACGACAAAUUAUUCAAGAUGACCGCCACUGCUUCCUACUGGACUCUUUUCAGACAAAACGGUAUCUGACGUUGGUCGACCGAUAGAAUUUCUUUUUACUUCGUCUUGCACGUAAGUCGUUAGGGCCUGACUACCAUAUCAUCCUCCGAAAUGUAUACACGCGAAUUCUGUGCUGGAGACGGAAGCGCGUUGGUCAGCGGCUUCUGACAGCAAUGGUUUAAAAACAACAGUAAAUGCCGAAUUCAGUCACACUUGUUGUGACUCUACGUUUUUUUAGCCGGCCUCAUGCUGCAUUAUGCCAGAGCAGGCAGGAUUCACGUCUUUCUGCCAGAAACCCCUUUCGGAGAUCAAACUGCUAUUUGUAUUUCGUUCACGAAUGCCAGCACCUAGCAGAGCAAGCACUUCCUUCGCAUGGCUAAUUAGGACGCCUGUUAUUUUUAUAUUAACCCCCUUAAUGACGUUGCCAGGUCAUGUAGACGUAUGGGCAAAACUAUAAUUACAAUUUGCGGAAUGCCCGACCAAGCCAGACAAACUGAUGUCUGGUCGCCUUUUUGGCAGGAGUCUUGCACUAACGUCUAUGGAGUCUCAUCACCCAGUUUUGUCACAUUCCUCGUGCGCUUCCUUCUGACCUUCUUCGCCACUCGCUGUCUACAGGGUCAUGCACGACGAUGACGACGAGGUGCGAGACCGGGCGGCAUUUUACCACUCCGUGCUCUCCUCAAAAGACCGCUCCCUCAUACAGACUUACAUUCUGCAAGAUGAACUACGCACAAACAUGGCUGCCAUGGAACGAGCCCUCAAAGAUUACAUCCAAGCAUCACCAGUCGAGCAGGAAAAACCCUUCGAUCUCGCCUCCAUGCCCAUCGAAGAACCGUCGACUCUGUUUGCAACCACAGCCCUAAGCGACUCCUCUACGGCCGGCUUCUUUGAUAAUGCAAAGGAGUCCGAGAAGGGUGCGUCUUUUCCUUUCUGUCCUUUCUCCUACUGCUGAAAAGUAGAUCCCGCACAUACUUAUCAGUUCCUCCUCAAUCCUAGGCGACUUAACCAAGGCCGCGGCUGCUGUGGGUGCCGCCGCUCCAGCUGCAGACGCUAGUGUCGUCGGCACCAGUCGCCUGGAUAGGUAUGCUGAACAGUUGGAAGCGAUUCCGGAGAUUAAGAGUCUAGGACCCCUCUUCAAGUCCUCGGCCGAGGUGGAGCUUACUGACCCGGGUGCUGAGUAUGUAGUCACGUGCGUAAAGCAUACUUUCCGUAGUCACAUGGUUCUACAGGUGAGUUGGGCGAAAUCAACGCCAAUGUCUUUAAUAGUUGUUACUGCUAUUCUCCGUGCUGUCCCGUUCUCACAACAAAGCUAUCUGUUGAGCCAACCUUCAGUUAAACUUGUUUUGGUUUCAGCAGUUUGGUGGGGCGCGUUCGAAAGCGCUCAAGUUGUGCCCAAGAAGAAAAAAAUGGGUGCCGGACCUUAUUUCGAUGUCUUAAAGGGGAACACUGAUAGAACUUAUUGGCCUUUUGAUGUAAUUCGUGACUGACUUGUACGACAGACGAUCAUCUGAAGCACUCGCCCACUAGGUUUCCGUUUUAGAAACAUUGUGCACUUUGUUUCAUCUAACUUUCGCACACUAUGCCUCUGAUAUGCACAACAUAUCCACGUGUCUUGUAAAUUUUGUCCGUUUUCAUUCCCGUCCUCAAAUAUUCAAACAAGCGGACCAGGUUGACGUCCUUCGUGGCAUACGCUAUUUAUCGCUAGCCAAAAUAUAAACUUCAAGCUGUGGAAUUUGGUGGCAAAGGCUCUAGAAAGGUUUUAGAGAUGUCUCCGGGGCUCCAGGGGAUUUCUGCCGCUGUGUCCCAUGUGACUUUAUAUUUUCUCAGGCUUAUGGGAUGCCCAGGAAGGAGUAGUAACUUUGGUGUAUUGACAGUUGCGCCAUAUAGCUAGCUGGACGAAGGGGUUGUUUUGUUCUAAUCCCCCUAGUGUUCAGUUUCCAUAUUUGACUCUGCUAAACCUUGCUGAGCACAACGAUCACAACCCCGUGAUUGAUUCGACCGUCAAGCAAAACUAGUUGAGGGUAAGAUGGAGCGCCCUCGACGAAGUCCAGCAUUGAAUCUCCAAUAUUGUAUCUCCUCUUGACGAGGACUUUAUGCCACCUCAACCACUGCGUCUAUGCCCCUUUUCAAGUGUAGUUCCACUAUUAGGGGAUGAUGGCCGUAGGCAGACCCCGGCAAGUGCCGAAGUUCGCCAGUGCCUCCACGAGGCGGGGGUGGUCGUGACCUGCGCGUGAAUCUGUUUGUGGGGAAACAUGCCCGAGUUACGUAAGCCUUACUUUGUCUUCCCACACCCAUCGCAGUCCUGUGGGGGGAGGGGAGGGGGUAAGGCCAAGACGAUCGGAUGUUGGUGUGGACGCAGCGAACGGCCCGUCUACGCGUGCUAUGCGCCGCCUACCCUCAAAUUUCGUACGCACUCAGCUUGUUUUACGGGUGCUGAUCUCACUUGAAUGAGUGUCGUAAGAACCACAGUAAGAAGAGCCUUUUCAGCUCGACUCUUAGUCGUGAGUAGGGCCGAAUUAUUCCGCCAAUGACUUUUGCUGCUCCAGAUUUAUUGGGGUCGUGUGAGGCACGCUCAGACGGACUGUUUCACUCUGUCAGUCACUGCGCUCAAUUCGCGCUUUAACUAUUAAGGUGCGCCAAGUGCCGCGGCUUGAAAAGUUGCCAACUGACGGGAUAACCCAAUCAACCUCCCAGGACGGCCUUUAUGGCACUCACACUCAGUUGGGACCCGAGCCUCCCCCUCGUUGUUUUGGUGAAAAUUUGGCGGACCAGGCGUGUGUGCUACGCACAGACGGGUUUUUUUGGCUUUGUCAGUCAAUGCACCAUCUCUUGCCUCCGGUCCUCCUAACUCUGUUUUGACACCGGGCCCCAAGAGGGUGAGGAGAGAGCGCAGUAGAUGCAGCGCAACUUUACCAUCGUUAUAAACUAGUUAGCGCGAGGGUCACCGUUCCUGCGUCCACCCGGCUGUGAGCUACACGGUGAACACCGUCGGUGACGACGGUCAAACUGUCACACAGUGAGAGGUGUGUUGAUUUCUCACGAGGAAGGUUACGUCAAUAUCGAUCUCACUCUCUUAUGUACAAACCGUUUUUCGGCCGUUGAUGAUGAUGAAACGACGGUGCAAUAUUUGACGUGGCCUGCCACGCAUGCGUUGCCGCUCAACUCUUUUUCUCUAAGGAAACUUCGCCAAACGGUAUAGUUCCAACAUAGACGAAGUGGAUGCUAGUACUGCCUCGGCUACUACUACUCUGGCGUGACGACUGAGGCACUCGUGAAUUACUAGUGACGUCAGAGGUGUUCUUGGAAGAAUGGCACUUCCACAUCAAUCCCCUAUUUCAGAUAGUAUGAACUGAUGCAAUGCAAAUUCUCUCCACGGCGGAGUGUUUCGCAGUUUCCACUCACUGUGAUCCAGUUCACGCACAAGUUAUUUCUGACCUUCUUGGGACUGCAAUGCUGGCCUUCCGCCAUUUUCAUGAACAAUCUGGCGCUCAGAUUUCAAAAGCAGGCCGGAUGUCUGUUCCCUGCGUAGUUAACUUAAUUGAUCCUACCCGCGGACUUUCUAUGCUAGCACCCAUCUUAUUCACCCUCAACUCACUGCUUGUUUCACUUACACAGUACGAGUGCACUAACACCAUGGAGGAGCAAUUGCUUGAGAAUGUUUAUGUGGAGUUGGAGUCAGAGGAUGAGCAGUAUGUGGUGCUAAAGACCAUCCCCUGUCCGACAUUGGCUUACAACAAACCGGCUUCAAUAUAUGUCAUUGUCCAACUCCCGGAAACAGUUUCUUCCCUAUGCAACUCUUUCACCAAUACCCUCAAGUUCUUCGUUAAGGAAUCCACUGCCGGACCCUCGGAUCCUGGACUGUCUGACGAGUACUCCGUAAGUGGCUGGUUUAUUGUCAAGAUGAAAAAAACGAUCUGGUUUGCUGGGGAAGUUAAGAGCCCCGGUUCAGACAUGACCUCCAACCACGGUUUGUGCCGCUUUUACAUCGGUUCAGUUAUUGCCAUCUACAACAGGUGUCGAGACUUAUAGAAUAUGGACCUAUAUCUAUAAAUACGUGUUCAAGUGAGGUCGUGACCUUGGUCGGCAUUGGACAUCACCUCUACCUAGUUAGGACAUGCUGACUUCUGACUGAACAUCUCGGGUAAAAAAAAUAGCUACCUAGGUGAUGCGUACUUUUCCUCCGCUGUUUAUUGCCUAUAUGACCUUGAUAGUGUUUCGAGGAAAUUAAUAGAAGCACAAAAAAUUACAAACGAACAUGCAUAUUCCUCAAGAAGUACUGUUUCUGAGUUCACAUUAUGCCUGAGCGGAGUAGUAAACCCUCGGUUUUGGGAUAGCGGAAAGCCGCGCCAUAUUGUUCUGAGCCGGGUCCAAAAUAAACCAAGAGACAUGACUUGGGUCAGCGUUGUAGGAACAAAACUAACUGCCACUUUUUUGGUCAAAACAUAUCCGGGACCAAUACUAGAGCCAACUGAUCUUUCCCCACUUAGUGCAGUCCUAUCAUUGCUUGUGGGAACAAUUGACACCUGUACUUUAUCCUCAUGAACCACUUAAUUGUGGUGUUUCAACUGGACAGGAUCCUCCGCAACUUCUCCCCAUACCGCACGGGGUCUUUGACGGCUGAUGAGUUGGCAGUUGAGGUUCUCUGGUUUCCCUCUACUUGUUUUUUUCUCUUUGGGAUUACAUUAAGUGCAGGGUUCGAAAGACACUGGAGCUGUUGAUAACUUUCCAAUCCCGUUUGAGGGAGUUCUUAGCUUGCAAACGAAACCAUGGACGUUUUGAACAUCUGCAGAAGUAAACAUUCCUCGACUUUAUGGAUGCGUUGGGUGUUGCGCAGUAUCCAGACUAGAGCAGCAAUUGCCUACAGAUUUGAGACGACAGCAGUAGCUAAUAUGAGGAUGCUACCACAGAAGUUGGAAUCCUUUACGUUCAAGAAGGUCCCUCGCGUCUGGGAGCUAGCGGUAUGACGGUGAAAUAAUGUGCGUGCGUCGCCCACAGUGCUGCAUCGAGGACCGAGCUGCAGGUCUGUAUGAGGCCAGGCACGCCACUCACUGCACCAUGCGACACACUACUUAACGGCAUCCAUUGUCAUUAUUCACAGUAGAUGGCACAACUCACGAAAUAUUAAUUGGGAUUCUGAAGUGUGGUUUCUAUUAAGAAGAUUUAUGUGGGUGCCAUGCAGCAUAAUCCCAAGAUAUGUCAAUUACAUUGGGAAACCGGUUUGCGAAUGUACGUCCUUCCGGCCUCCUGAAAAUCGCACUCACUAAACCAACUACGUAAGAUGAAUGAAUGUUUUCAAUAAUUUUCGACGCCAGACAUAUUUUAUAGAAGGCAUGCAUAAAAGUUUUUCUUCUUUCAGCCAUUUAAACGUACGUCUUCUUCAAUUUCAACCCCCGAAUACUUUUGAACCCGACCUGCCGUUCCACUUAAAUUUAGGGUUUCCGAACUGCAAUCUGAACACUUUUCAUUUAAGAAGUCAUAUAUGUUAUUGCGAAGACGCGAUAUAGGGCCAUAAAUAUUUAGCAACGGACAUGGACCACGCUGUAUACUUUAUAAGCAGUGCUAAUAAACGAACAGGUACGAUACCAAUUGAAUAGACCCUUUAUAAUUGCGAAAUUUCUAAAAACGAGAGCUACUCUCUGUUUGAGUGAAAAAUUGAAAACGCAAUUUACCCAAAAUGAGUAAAAGGGAGUAUAUCUUUGCAAUGUUUCCCGAAAAAUAUGUAGGGCAUCCAAUGUGAGUGAAGAAUUUAUCAAACCUCAGUAGUCGUUUUUAACGAUGUGAUUUUUGCAGGCAACCGGAAAGACGCGCAUUCAAAAACCGGCAGCUGGCACAGUGCGUAGGCAUGAUGGCAAAAGCUGUCUUCUUAGCGGUCCGCCUUACAGCGAUGCGGUAUUCCCGUUUAUCACGGCAUUUGCCGAGGACCAAAGUGCACUGGGGCAUACGUGAUCGCCUGGUGCGUGCUACCGAUUCAUUUGUAGAAUGCUCUAUUUAGGAAGGGCCGUGCCCGUCGGCCCGCCGUCGAGUAUCCGAGCGAGUGACCUACAUUUACUUGCAUGUCGAUUAUCUUCGAGUUGGCCCUGAUUUUUAAUCGACGUAUCCUUUCUUCAAAUCUUGUGUCCAGCUGGAAGACUUGACGAUAUCUGUCGCUGACCACAUUCAACGUGUGCCGAAAAGCAACUUCGCUGGAGCCUGGCAGGAAUUUGAUGCGGACUCCGAGGUUGAGGAGACCUACUUCCUCACCAAAUUCCCGACAAUUAAGGGUGAGUUAUAUGUUAGAAGGCACCUAUGCCACUGAUGUUGACCUCCGAGUCAUCCUGAUGAAAGUGCUCUCUACAGCCAGUUUGGGUUUUGACUUUGUGCGAUUCCUGAUUGCCUUAAAUCUUCACAAAUGCGUUCGAUGAUUUUGCCUCAUGCAGGUCACCCUCUUAGAGUAGACCGUUUACGCUAGUGCCCGAUAGGACCGACGUCCCCUUCCCCGGGCUUUGCGUUGUCACUGUGUGUAGGAAUAAUCUCAUACUUUCUGGGGUCAAUCCUUCACAGGUUUUCCCAUAAUGUAGAUCGCGUUCAGGUCGCUGUUUCACCCCUAGGCACUGGUAAUGGUCGAGUCUGCUAAAUAAUUGGCCCAGGAAAGCGCUUCUAUUUCUUGGGGGCUUGGCUACGCUGGCAGCCGUGAUAACUGAAGUCUUGACUACGGUGGUUUUUCGCUUUGUUGGAAACACGCAGAGGAAGCGAGACAGUUGAGGAAGACAUCAGUUAUCGGCGUGAAAGACCUUGAACUACCCCACCAUCUGCCGCAGAAAUGUAGCCGUCAUUUCUGCUCGUAAAUUCGAUCCCAAACAAAACCCAGUCUUUUUUCAGUUGGGACAAAUCCACAGGUCGCGCACUCGUGUAAGUUCAAGUCUGCAGUCCGCUAUUCUGGAAUCUGAGUUGUAAAUCAGACGACACAUUUUACUGAGGUUGAUAUCGGAGAAUGAAACUCCAGGAGAAUGGUUAAGUCUGCAUGGCCCAUGGUAGUGGCGGCCACCCGAUAGAACGGUGCUCGUUGUCCGACAGUCUGGAUUCGUAACUCAACCUCAGUCAGCGGCAAUAAACGGGAAAUGGUACGGCAUUUAUGUGACCCGAUUCCUUCCUGGCCGCGUGUCUGACCGUUGGCAGACCUGUACCUGCGCUUGCUAAUACCACCGCCCAACUCGUUCAUUUGUGCGUCGUCUGUAUCCAACUGAGGCCGCAGGCGGUUGAGCCGGUCGGGCGAUUUUUGGACGAGACACAAGCAGCCCGUUCAGUAGCGCGUCCGAACGAAGUGGUAAAACGCCGUAAAGGUUAUGUUGGAUUUCUAGUUUUUAGAUGUUUUCCACAAGCGAUGCUUGGAUAGAUGAGAAAGUAGACAAAAAGGAAACCUACGCAGAUUGCAAAUUAGUGUCAAGAAAUCAAGAUGGGCACGCUUUAUAAGAACCAAACUGAACUUCGAAUUGGGAUUACAUCGGUUUAUUUUCAAAAACAGUCCGCGCAGACCUUGGUGAACUUUUACUACUUACUCCAAAAAACGUCAGUUUUUGCACACAAACAACUGCAGGUUUACGUUUUACCCUUGUGUCGGAGCUCGAUUUUUUGAUUUGCCAGCCCAGCACAACCACGUUGACUGAAAUUCUGUAGUGCGUUUUCAAUCCAAAAAGAUAACCUUCGUAGGGUUGUCGAAUUACUUAUUAUGCCACAUCAUGUUAAGGCACUCCAGUCACUUCGAAUGAGCUUCUUAUCGACCACCUGCACAAAACUGUUUACCGUAAAAAUGACUACUUAAGUAGCACGGACUUUCCGUAUUGCUUUUUAAGUCCAUAUAAAUUGGGAUAUAUUGUAUAGAAGACAUGCACACAAAUAUCUUUUCUCUUGCUCAUUUGGUAUCAAAUCGCGUCUUCUUCAAAUUUUAUACUUUGACAAAAAGUGCCCUUCGAUUUUAAAAAAGCUUUCUUAAUUCCCCAGUAAUUUUGAACCCGACCUGCCGUUGCACCUGUACUCGGGGUUUCCAAACUACAAGGUGUAGACUUUUUGUUCAAAGAAAAUCAGACAUCCCUAUAUGCUAUUACGAGGUGUACAUAUAGAGCUCAUAAAGUUUUGUAAUGGAUGUGGACAAUGUUGUCCACUUUAUAGGCAGCAUUAACAAAUGUGCUUCCUGGUAUCUACCCUCUUUCUCAUCCCUAUCCCCUUCUGAAACAGAGAUGGUGUCUGAACUUCUAAACCACUUGGGUAUGCAACCGUGUGAGCGCUCCGACCAGAUCCCGGCCGAAGCCAAACCUUCACACACCCUCUUACUCUCCGGAGUUUUCCGUGGCGGCAUUCCCGUUCUCUCACGCUGCAGGCUGGCCAAGUCAAUUCAACCGGAAACCGCGCCGGGAGUAAAUCUCCAAAUUCUCGUCCGUUCACCCGUGCCCGAGAUAAGCCAGGCUAUCGCGGACUCGCUGAGCUGA